AUGUUCAGAAUCGGAGCUCGCGUUGCUGGUAAUCGUGCGCUACUCAGCAGGACGUUCGUCACCAAGGCUCAGGCGCCGUCAAAGCUGCGCAACAUUGCGUGGGCGACCACCGGCGUGGUGCUUGGCGGGCUCGGAUACCUGUAUGCGACUGAUGCCAGCGCUGGCCUACACAAGUACGUCAGCACACCUCUGCUGCGACUGAUGGAUGCCGAGCAGUCGCACAACCUGACGAUCUGGGCGCUCAAGAACGGGCUGUCGCCGGUUGACCGUAAGGCGGACGAUGCGGCCCUGGAGGUGGAACUCUGGGGCAAGAAGCUGUCGAACCCGGUGGGACUGGCAGCUGGAUUCGACAAGAACGCCGAGGCGAUCGAUACGCUGUUUGGGCUCGGGUUUGGCGUGGUGGAGGUAGGCAGCAUUACGCCACUGGCGCAGGAGGGCAACCCGGGUACGCGGUUGUUCCGGAUCGAGGGCAGCAGGGCGGUGGUAAACCGUAUGGGGCUGAACAACGACGGGGUGGAGGUGUGCGGCGAGCGGAUCCGGUCGCGGUUCUGGCGGCUGCUGGCGUCGCAGAGCAAGAAGCAGGGGGAGACUGUGGCGACGGUGACGGCGGCGGUUAACAAGUCGGCGCGGGCGGACCGGCUGCUGGGUGUGAAUCUGGGCAAGAACAAGGCAUCGGCGGGCGACUCGUUCGAUGACUACGUGUAUGGCGUGCAGAAGCUGGGGCCGUACGCGGACUAUGUGGUGAUCAAUGUCAGCUGCCCGAACGUUAAGAACAUCGACGCCAGCAAGAACGUGCAGGUGCUCGAGUCGACGAUCAAGGGCGUGAUGGAGGCACGCAACCAGAUGCCCGACUACCACCCGCCGGUGGUGAUCAAGAUCGGCCCAGAUAACGACAUCGACCAGCUGCGCCUGAUUGCGCAGCUGGCGUUGGACUACAAGGUCGACGGCGUCAUCACGACCAACACCACGCGCACGCGGCCAGCCAACAUGAAGGAUGCUGAUAAUGUCGGCAAGGAGGUCGGUGGGCUCAGCGCAACAACACGUGACAUGUACAGGCUGACCGGCGGGCGUGUUCCGAUCAUUGGCUGCGGCGGCAUCAGCACGGCCGAGGAUGCGCUGGCGUUUGGCAAGGCGGGUGCCACGGCGGUGCAGCUGCUGACCAGCAUGACAUUCGAGGGCCCGGGCAAGGUGCGCGAGAUCAAGGACGGGCUCAUUGACCUGCUGCAGGGCCGCAAGUGGGCCGACAUCGUUGGCGAGGAUGCGUAG